AUGGCCCCGCCGGGGUGCCUCCCCCGCUGCCGCCCUCGGGGGAGCGUCCACCGGCGGGGGCGCGCCCGCCGUCUGCCGCCACCACCGCCGCGUCCUUCUCGGGGCCCGGGGUUUCCCUCAGUAGCCCGGCGCUGCGCCCGAGAGGACCGCCGCGGCUCGGGCCGCCCCGCCGGCGCGGGGACGCGGCCCGACCGCCGAGCGCGCCGCGCCCGCGCCCGCGCGCGCCCCGAAGCGCGGCCCGGAACGCCCGGAGGGCUCGGCCCUCGGCCGCGCGAGGGGCACCGCUCGGCCCGAGAGCGGGAGCUCCGCCGGCGCGGCAAAGCCCCGCUCCCCGGUGCGGGAAGGGCCGGAGGAGCCGCCUCCUCCGAGCCCCGAAGGCGCCCCCGCCACCCGCUCCCUCGCCAUUUCCACAUCGGCCGCCGACGGGUGCCACGGCCGGACGGCCGGCCGUCGCUCGACGGGCGAAGCAGCGAGGGGAGGGACGGGCGCGCCUCCGGGAGGGGCCGUGCCGAGCACCCCUCCCUCCCGGCACCCGGGCGGCUUUCUCGCGCGCUCCGAGGAGAGCCGGCCUCGGGAGAACUCGGGCCGCCGCCAGCGGGGCGCCCGCACGCGACACCCGGCGACCGGCGUUCGGCGGCGCCGGCCGCCGUGGGCGGGAGGCUCGGGGCCGGCCGCGGCCCCGCUCCCCGGCGGGGACGGACCGGCGGCAGACCGGCGCGAGGCGGGGGGGAGGAGGAGGAGGAGGAGGAGGAGGAGGAGGAAAGCCGCCGCGACGGCGGCCCGGCGCGCCGCGCUUCGAGGCCCGGCCGCGACGCGCGGUGUAGCGCGGGGUCAGCCCCGCCCGCGCGCACGGUGACGGGCGCGCGCGGCGCGCAUGGCCGCGCCGAGCGGCCCCCCCCCCCCCUCGGCUCGCUCUUCUCUCUCCCCCGAAAUCCCCCCCCGCCCGGAGGGUUCCGCGCGCCUCCGUCACUCUCUCUCUGGGGCUGCGGCGCGCGGCCUCGACGGGAAGGGCGUGUGGCCUCCCCGGUGCCGACCGAGGCCGGCGGGCCGGGGGGGCCGAGCGUUCGAACGGAGCGGGCGUGCGAGCGACGCCGCGCGCGCGGCCGGCCGGACGGCCCGGCAACGCGGCAGGCGCCGAGCCCCACCGACUUGGGUUUCCCGGGAGCUGCCCGGCGGGUCAUGGGAAUAACGCCGCCGGAUCGCCAGUCGGCAUCGUUUAUGGAUCAACCAGGUAGCCGCCACCCACGGCGGCGCCGCGGCGCGGCGCGCGAGCGCCCCGACGCGCCCGGCCCGCCGGCGCGCGCCCCGCCAACCCUGACCGCCCCGGCUCUUUCACCGCUCCGACCCGCGGGAGCGGCAUCGCGGACGCGACGGUGGCGGCAUGGCGGCGACGGGCGCCGGCGGCGGCGGCCGGCCGCCUCGCGGCCCGGCGGCGCCUGGGGCGGGGAACGGCGCCACGCGCGAGGGACGCCCCUCGCGCCACGGCCGACCCCGGCGGCCGGCCCUUCCCGCGACGCCGCGGAGAAGCCCCGGAAGGAGAGCCGGCCGGCCGAGGGCCCUCUCCGACGCCACCCGAAAAGCCUCAUCGAUCGGGCGCGCGGCCGAGGAAGGAGCCGCGCCAACAGCGACAAGGGCCCCACGGCCACGGUCCUGGGACAACGGCGACGGCCGCCCAAGCCCCGCCUGCGGAGCGCUCGCGGCAGAGGAGGAGCGCGGGGGGCAACGGCAGGACUGGGACUGGGCUGGCCCGCCAGGCCGGGGGGACUCGGCUUCCCCUUCCGGCCCGGGGAACCCGGCCGAGCGUGCGAGAAAAAGUGCCACCGGACCGCGCCACCGGCGGCCGGCUCUCCCUUUUCCGGGAAAAAAUUGCCGGGGGAGCGGCACGACAAAAAAAGGCACAUGGAGGCGCGUUCGCAACGAUCCGUGCUAGCCACGGGGGCCGCGGGCACGGGGCACCGGGGACCGCCGAGGAAGGGGGAUGGUUUCAACAACGCGGGCCGGGGACGGGGCGCCCCGACCCCGGGCUCCGCAGCUUUACCGGGCGGGCCGACCGCCGCCGAGGCGGACCGACAGCCCAAAAAAGUGCCCGCCGAGUGGGCCCCGGCUUAA